AUGGAGGACAUCGAAAUGGGGAACAUAAACAACGAUGAAAAUGAAAGAUUUUUACAAGAAACGAUAGCCAUCGACCAAAUCAUAACAACCUUAAACGAGAAUAUCAAAAGUCUUAAUAACAUUCAGUUACAAAUAAUACAAAGCACAUCAACACACGAAGAACAAAAAUAUACACGUGCACGAGAACCAAUUGCCGUAUCAACAAAAAAUCUGCUGUUUCAAGUAAAAGAUCGUAUUCGGAAUAUUGAACGAGAAAAUCUCGAGCUGGCGCACAAGAAAAAUGACAUUGGACUUCGUAAAAAUCAGUAUGCUCGACUAAAGGAAAAAUUCUCAAAUACCGUUAAUAACUUUCGAACGAUCGAGCAGACGUAUCGACGGUUGCAAGAAGAGCGCAUCGCUCGUCAGUACGUCGUUGUGAAUCCUAAUGCAUCAGAACAAGAAAUCGAGAAUUUUGUUAAAAAUUCUUCGAAUCAACUGGUUUUUCAAGAUGCAUCAUUAAGAUCAAGCGAAGCUCGCGCGGCCGCAGCCGAAGUGCAAAAACGGCAUAAUGAUAUCAAAAAUAUCGAAAAGACGAUAGAGGAAUUGGUUGCAUUGACGGAACAAAUAUCACUUACUAUCGAAGAACAGGAAGAUUUUAUUAAAGAGAUUGAAAAAAAUGUCGAAGUUACCGAUACUAAUUUACAUAAGACAACUUCUCAUCUCAGCUCAGCUCAGAAACAUGGAAUUUCUGCUAGAAGAAUGAAAUGGAUUGUGGCGAGCAUUAUUUUUUUAAUCAUAGUUAUUAUCGUCGUGUUGGUCAUUUUUUUGAGACCUAAAAAUUAG